AUGGCUGCCAGAACGGGUCCGACCGGCGCAGCUACCUAUGGCGACUGCGUCGAUUCGCUGCGUAACUCUCUCAAAUUCCUCGAGGCCUCCGUGGAGACGAUUGACCGUGGCGUAUCCGAUUUCCCUCGCCUCGUAAGCGUCCUCAAGACAGUUCGACACUACGAACUCAUUCCCCAACCCACACUCGCUGCGGCUGAGGCUUCCCUGCGCGACGAGAUUGGGCCCUACAUCGCUUUUCUCCUCAGCCGUGCCGAUGCCCAAGUCGAACGCCAGGAACGCCGCACUGAGACGCUCAAAGCUCGCGCUGAGCUGCAGCAAGGACGGCUUGCUAGGCCUGAUGAACCGGCGCGUAGCAUAUCCAAGACUGCUUCUACGAGGAGCCGGCAGCUACGAGGUGAGGACAAGCUGCGUGCUCGGAUCGUGCGCCAGCGCAAAGAGGCUCUACGGUAUGGCAUUGAGAGGUUGGAGCUAGAAGUGCUCCAGAAAGAAAGAGAAUUAAGAAAGCGCCUAGAGAACCGAUAG